UCAUAACCAUUCACCUAAUAACGUUUUGUUUUAUGGUCAUGGGGUGCAAUUACUCUAAAUAUAAAAGCCCAAAUGGAACCAGACAAUCAGCUAGGGUUUCCAGAUGGAUUGACUAGAGUUGGUCAGAUUGACAACCGAGCCUUGCCAAUCUCGAAAUGGAAGAUUGCUCUGAGGACGAGAUGAGACUGAACAAGAGUACUUCGCAAAAGAGGCAACGUACUUCGACCGAAUCUGAGGAGAAGAAGAAACGCACCGGGACUCUGCUGGAUCUAAAUGCUACGGACUGUCCCGUUUGCUUCGAUUCCCUCACCAUUCCCAUCUUUCAGUGUGAGAAUGGUCAUAUAGCAUGCUCUUCUUGCUGGGGAAAGUUGAGUCAAAAAUGUGCAACAUGCUCCUUAACCAUGGCUUCCCGCAACAGAGCUUUGGAACGGAUUCUUGAGCUACUUACAGUUCCAUGUCCAAAUGCUGGUUGCUCUGAGGCUGUCCCUUAUGCUUACUCUACUUAUGCUGAAACAUCAACACAUGUAAAGCACUGUGCUUACACCCACCGUCCUUGCCCUUUUAGCAGCUGCGACUUCAUUUGCUUCUUCAAGGAUUUAUAUGAACACCGCGUUGCUGCUAAACACUGCGAGUCCUCAGACAUGUUUGAAUGUGGAACGCCCAUGUUUAUACCCUUAAGUGGUGGUAAGGGGAUCAUUCUCAAGGAAGAGACUACAGAAGGAGAAGGAGAAGUUGUGGUUGUGGAGUGGUUCGACAUGCCAGACGGUCGGAUGUUCUAUGCCUGCUGUAUUGGACCAGGAACAGACGAGUUCUCCUACCAACUGAAGCUAUCUUUAGCUUCGGGUAAGCAUUUGUCUUCUGAAUCAAAACUCGAAAGAGUCCGUGAAGUAAGCAAUGAACUACCAGGUGGGUCUGUUAUGUUUGUUCCUUCAUCGACCUGCCCUGCCUACAUGUUUUUCAUAACCAUCAAGCGGGGAGACUUACUAGGAUCAUGAAGAAGCUACUAGUUCUUCCCUCAUAAGCCACACUUACCUACUCUAUCUUUGUGCUUAGGAGUUCGAAAAAGAGCUUUUGAGUUUUGUUCUUUUGGAAACACUACAAUCGGAAAUGUAUAUCUAAUGCAACAUCUACUUUUGUUUA